AUGACCGAUAUGGCAGAAAUAUGCAAAGCUGCAGGCAUACCAAUCUACUGGAAACGAGCAGUUUAUGACUCGUGCUGCAGCAGCCAGUCAAGCCCAAUCACUUUGGCCGAUUUUGCGGCCUGGUGGAACAGGAUGACAUCAGUGGCUCACGACGAAGCCGCUCGAUUUGUGUAUACUCUUGCAGGCCCACUUCGCAAUUUUCUUACUAAAGAUGAUUUCGCGCCGAUCUUACAGGAUCUCAUUGAGACUUUCCCAGGCUUGCAUUUUCUGCGUGAGGCCCAGGAAUUUCACUCCAGAUAUGUGGAAACGACGGUCAGGAAGCUGGAAACAACGGAUGACAUCAAUGCAAUAACAAAUUAUUUUAGCUACGAGCAUUUCUAUGUUAUUUACUGCAAAUUUUAUGAGCUUGACAAAGAUCACGAUUUGAUCAUCAGUAAAACUGAUAUGGCGCAACAUGCCAACGGUGCCCUUCCGCCGCAAAUAAUUGAACGAAUAUUCAGUGGAGCGGUAACGCGUGCCCCGCCCGGUCGACAUCCUCGUGAAACACUAGAAACAAUUGGUUACACUGACUUUGUAGCAUUUUUGCUCGCCGAAGAGGACAAACGUCAUCCGACUAGCAGCUUUCAGGAUAAUGCUUGGGUCUCUGGGAUGCAGCUAUUGGAUUUGAUUCGCCCGAAGCAGCCGAAUGCAGUUUCACUGUCGGACCUUAAAAAAUGCCCGCUGUGUACGAGGUUCUUCAAUACAUUUGUUAAUUGGGUGAAGUACUACGAGCAGGAAGCAAGCGAAGGGGAGCGUGCUACAGUGACGGACGGCGAUGAAGAAUUGAAUGACUGGGAUAGGUACUGCUUGGAGGAAUAUGAGGCGCUCAUGGCAGAUGAUCAGGAUAACGACGAGCCCGAAGAUAUGUCAGUUUCUGUUUGA